AUGGAGUAGAGUUCAAUGGAAAGCGAAGAUGUGAGUUAUAGUUUGUUGAUAUUAUCUAGGAGUUCGUCGAGAGACACAAGAAAAAUUAGAUGAUUCUACAGCAGGUGAAGGAAAUAUGGAAGGAGUCAGAUUUGUCAAAGGAUGAUGGAAUUAUGCAGAUAUUGAAUGAUUUCAAGGAGGAAAUUUUGGAUGAAUUGGAAGAUGAAUACGAACCUGAAUAUAGAGCAAUAUAAGUUUAAGAAAAUAUAAAUAUAGAUUUAGUUCCAAUGAAUGAGGUUCAAAAAGCCCUCAUCUAUGAAGACAAGUAUUUUCGAUAACAUUAUUAGGUACCCCUUUUUGAAGAUAAGGAAGCGAAUCUUGAUAUAAACGAAGAAGAUUUCAAUGUUGGCGAUGCAAUUGACCAAGCAUCCCAUAUUCGAAUUUUUCACUCUACUGGUCAUCAUAUUUAACUCAAUCAUGCUUGCUUUAGAUGAUCCGACUACGGACAUCCAGACUCCCUUUUAAGAUCUAAUGGAUAUCAUCUUCUUGGCAGUUUAUACAUUUGAGGCAGUUUUAAAAAUUAUAGCAAUGGGCUUUGUUUUGAAUAGCAAUACCUAUCUCCGCGAUUUGUGGAACGUCUUGGAUUUCACAGUAAUAGUAACAGCAUACAUCCCCUAUUUUGUGAAUAACUCUGGUUUGUAACUGAGUGCUUUGAGAUCAUUGAGAGUCUUAAGACCAUUGAGAACAAUAUCCUCAGUAAAAUCUUUGAGAAGUAUAAUGAUGACAUUAUUUGCCUCAUUUGCCGAAUUGGGUAAUUCCUUGAUUAUAUUGGGAUUCACCUACACAAUUUUCGCAAUAGCUGGAUUGCAACUCUUCUCUGGAUAUGCGAAAUUGAGAUGUUUUGAUGAAAAUGGCAUCAUUUAAAUGUCCGGUUAUGAUACGGAUGAGCCAUUUUGCAAUGGAUAUUGUCCUGACAAUUACAUCUGCGGUAAGAUGAUGGACAAUCCCAUCAAUGGACUAUUGUCAUUUGAUGAUUUUGGGUUGGCAUUUCUGUAAGUGUUCAUCAUCACAACACUUGAAGGAUGGACUACUAUUAUGUAGACGAUAAUGACUACUUUUUCACAAUUUUCAGUCUUUUAUUUCUUGCUCUGUGUUAUUAUCGGAGCAUUCUUUCUCGUCAAUUUGACAUUGGCUAUCAUAAAAAUCAAUUUUUCAAAGGCUGAGUCUCAAGAGCCUAUCAAACCUGAUGAUGUAAGUUACAAUCUCAAACAAAUGAAAAGACUGGGAAUCUAUAAAUUCACCAGAGAUUCUCAGACACCCAGUAUCACUCGUAAACAUACUAUCAGAAUGACUCGAUUGAGACAAUCAAUUAACAACCAAAACAACAUUAAUAUCAAUGUCGCCAAUAAGUAAAUAGAUGAACCCAAAAGAAGUUCAAUAAAGGUCAAUUUCUAACCCUUGAACAUUAAGGACUUCAGUAAACCUCAUCAAGUCAAAUACAAUAAUAACAGAAUAUUGCUUCAGGGAAUCCAAGGAGUUAGAACAGAACAGCCAGUCAGUAAAUAUUAAGAAGCCAAUAACCCUUAACUGGUCAUGAAAACUAGUGUCCAAUCUGUGAAUGCUCCAUAAAUCAGGAAACUAAGCAAGAUUGGAACACAAUUCAAAUAGUCCCAAAGGAAAAUGUCAAUCACUCAUCAAGAAGACAGUCCUUUAGAAGAGUUAGAUAACCUAUUGAAAUUUGCUGUCCGUAGACAAUCAGUAUUGAGAGUCGAUACAAAGAUUAUGGCAUCUCCAAGAAUACCCACUCCUUCCAAGGAAACUCCAUAACCUGUCAGUAGUAGUUCCAUGUUAGACGAAUCUCAAUCUCCUGGAAAACCUCAUCAAUCCAAUUAUUUGGGAAUUCCCAAAUAGCAAUUCAAUUUCUUGCAAGAUUAGAAAUCAUUCAACGAAAAUGAUGUACUAAGUGUGACUCUCUCAGAAAUUGAUUCCAUCUCUGACAGUGAAUUAAAUCAAAGAUUUAAGGAAUUCGAAAUCUCCUUCCAAAUUGAAAAGUCAGAUGAUAAAACAGCCAACGAAACAGAGGAUCGUAAACCAACUCAACACAUCCAUUAAAAGAAGAGAAAAUAAGAUGCUCCAUUGAUUUAUGAAUUAAGCAAAGAGGAUGAAAAACUGAAGAUCAGAUUGUUUCAAUCUAAAUUAGUUCCAAGAGUUGUUUAUAAAGAAUUUCACUCAGAAUCUAGCAAGGAUAUCCUUGUAAGUUUGGAAAUUAAAAAAUAAAGGAAAGACUAAGAAAUAAGAAAUCUAAGAAUCCAAAAUAUGAAGUUCACUCUUACAUACUAAUUCCAAAACAAUUCCACUAAAUUAUCACUAUCUAAGACAUCAUAACAAUAGUAAUCCAAAAGUUCAUUGAGUUCAAAUGAUCAAAAACUCAAAGAGACUGCUAAAUCUAGGAAAAUCAUCCCAUUGACUGAAAUACCAUCAGUCCAAGAAAUCACCACUCCCAAACUAAACGUUAGAAAACAAUAAAAACGUAAGACUAUUGUCCACAAGGUCUUCACUUACGAAUAAUAUUAAUCUGGUUUUAAUCAUAGUUCAGAAGUAGAUGCCAAUUUUACUGAAAAGUUAGAGGAAGUCGAAACUUAACAACUCACUUUUAAAACUCCCAAUGAGACUUAUUUUUAUACUCAAACUGCAUUUUAACAAUAUCAUCAAAUUAAAAACGAUGACAUCAAUCUUAGUAAUGGGAAUCUAAUUGGCUAAGCUUCAAUUGAGGAUGUAAUCAUGAUUAGAAGUAGCUUAUAAAAAAGGUUUAAUUUUAUUUUAGAGGGAAUGAAUUUUAAGAAAAAAGAUUACAUGAUUUACAUGACUAAGGAUAUGCUGAAAAUGCUGCAAUUCAAACUCUUCCUCAUAGUUGAUUCCAGAUAUUUCAAUAUGAUGUUGAAUCUAGCAGUGUUUAUUAAUACAGUAAUCCUGUGUUUGGAUGGUUUGGUCAAUAACUCAGAAGACUUGAAUGAUUUCAAUCUAGCCUUUACUAUCCUAUUCACAAUUGAGAUGGGAUUAAAAAUGAUUGGAUUCGGUAUCAUCUAAUACAUAAGAGACCCAAUGAAUAUCUUUGAUGCACUGAUCGUAGCCCUUAGUCUCAUCGAUAUAUUCUUUUUAUCCGGAAGUUCAGUCUUCAAAUCAGUGAGAAUAUUCAGAGCCUUCAGAGUAUUGAGAGUAACUAAGUUGAUGAGGUAAUUAAUAUCUCCUAAAUGAAAUAGAUCUCUAAAAUUUAUGAAUUUCUUAGUCUAAGUUUUGAGCAAUGCAUUCCAAUCUUUAAUGUACAUCUUCCUCUUACUCAUUCUAUUUAUAUACAUAUUUACAUUGCUGGGAAUGUCCUUCUUUGGUGGCCAAUUGACUUACACACCCAGUAGAUAGAGUUAUGACACAUUUUAUGAAUCCUUUUUAGUUGUAUUUUAAGUGCUCACUCUCGAGAAUUGGAAUAGCAUCCUUUACGAUCUACUCUAAUAACCAGUCUCUUGGAUUAUCACUAUGAUUUAUUUAAUAGCUUGGAUCUUCAUAGGAAGCUAUGUGUUGUUGAAUUUGUUCUUGGCUAGUUUGUUGGAUCAAUUCGAAGCAGAGUACUUAAGAGAACAUAGUUUAGAAAAUAGCAAUCAGGAAGGAGAAUAAGUUCAAUAGCAGCAGAUUUAAUAGACUUAAACGAUGAAUUAAACUGUUGUCAAUAUGUCAGUUAAUUAGACAUUAAAUCCUAUAUUGGCUAAGCAAUUGCUAACCAGAUAAGACUCCUUAAACAAAUUCCUCUACUUUUCAGAACCAGGGUUAUGCUUUUAUUCCUUGAAUAUUUUUAGUCAAAACAACCCAAUAAGAAGGCUAUGUUAUAAGAUAGUUAAGAACAGUUUAUUUGAUUAAAUCAUUCUAUUUGCCAUAUUCUUGAGUUCAUUGAAAUUGGUGAUUGAUACAUAUGUGAGUAACUUUUUGGAUUGGGCGGAUUGGUUCUUUGCAAUCUUCUUUGGAGUUGAAUUCUUGUUUAAGAUAAUCGCUUAUGGAUUUGUGAUGGAAGAGAAUGCAUAUUUGAGAGAGAGUUGGAAUAUUCUUGAUUUCAUUAUAGUGGUGUGCUCUUUCAUUGAUAUAUCAGUAGCAUCAAUUGAUUUGAGUUUUGUUAAGAUUUUAAGAUUAUUACGUACCUUGCGACCUUUGAGAUUGAUAUCCUAAAAUAAAUCAAUGAAGUUAUUAGUAACGACUUUGAUCAACUCAAUUUCAGGUAUCGUGAAUGUAGGAGUGGUUGUCAUAUUAGUGUUUCUGAUGUUUGCGAUACUGGGAGUAAAUUUGGAGAAGGGCAAAAUGAGUUAUUGUGAUCUAGGCAAUGAUGAACAAUCCUAUUUGCACUAGGCAGAUUGUAUUAAGGAAGGAUAUGAAUGGAAAAAUAGAGACAUGAAUUUCGAUAAUGUGUUUUGGGCCAUGUUGACUCUCUUCAUUGUAUCCACACAAGAAGGCUGGCCCACUUAAAUGUAUUGGUUUGUCGAUGGCGAUGAAAGUGGACCUAUCAAAAAUAAUUAAAUGUGGUUUACAAGUUACUUUUUAAUCUUCUUGCUGAUUGGAUCUAUUCUACUGAUGAAUAUGUUUGUUGGUGUUAUUUUAGUGAAUUACAAAUUGGCAGAGGAUGAAAUGAAGGAUAAGAAUGUUUCUAGAGAUCAGGAAGAUUGGAUAAGCAUAUAAAAACUAAUAGUUGAUUCAAAUCCGAAUUUUGCUUUGUACUAUCCUCCAAAGAAUUAAUACAGAGCAAUGAUUUUCAAGAUUAUUUCAAAUAAAAUAUUUGAUUUCUUUAUCAUGCUAUGUAUUAUUGUAAACAUUGCAGCUAUGGCAUCAAAUUACGAAGGUAAAUAGAUAUCAUUAAUAAAAUAGGAUCAAGUGUCAAGUACUAAUAUAUUUUAGAAACACUGAACUUGGUUUUGAGUGUGAUCUUUAUAUUUGAAUCUGUGUUAAAGAUUAUUGGAUUUGGACCACGAGGAUAUUUUAGGAACAAUUGGAAUCAGUUUGAUUUCUUUGUGGUUCUUUCCUCAAUUCUUGAUAUGAUUUUGAGUUUCACUGAUAAUAAGGAUAACCCUAUUCUAUCUGCUGGGCCAUAACUCAUUCGAGUUUUUAGAGUGUUAAGGGUUACUAGAUUAUUUAGAUUAGUUAAAUCUCUACAUAGUUUGAAAAAGUUGAUUGACACAGCUCUAUUCUCUUUGCCUGCUUUGUUUAAUGUAUCUGCUUUAAUGUUUUUACUUUAUUUCAUUUUCUCUGUUUUAGGUGUAUUCCUAUUCAGCAAUCUCAGGUAUAAUUUUCAUCAUUUAUUUUUAGUGAUGGUUACAUAAUUAAUAGUGAAAAUAAUUUCAAUGACUUUCAUCAUGCUUUACUUCUACUAUUUAGAUGCACGACAGGUGAGGAUUGGUAUUUAUUGAUGUAUGAUGUGAUGAACAAGGCCAGUUAUUAUUAUUGUUCGUAUUUCAUUAUAUUUGUGGUGAUCAUGCAAAGAAUCAUGCUCAAUUUAUUUGUACUUAUCAUUUUGGACCAAUAUGAAAGAUUCUACUUUAAUUCUGACAAUCCUUUGUAGAGAUUUCAAGAGUUCGAAGACGACUUCGUUGAUGGAUGGGCACCUUUGGCCUCUGAAACUAAGGGCCAACAGAUUCAUCAAGAUCAGCUGGUCUAAUUGAUGUUAUCAAUCAAGGCACCAAUGGGUUAUGAUUUGAAGGAGAAGAUCAACACAGCAGUUAACGAUUGGAAGACCUACAAUUCUGAUGCUGAAAAAUCUUCCUAGAAUCUGGAGAAGAUUAAGGUAAUGGUCACCACGGAAGCCAAGAAGGCAGUGGCCAAAACAAUUAUGAACAUGUAGAUAGAGUCUGAUGAAAAUUAAAUGCUAGAAUACCAUUAUGUGUUAUUUGCCUUUAUGAAGAAUUUCUAAACAGAUUUAUUCAAAGAAGUUACUCAAGCAGGAUUGCAUAAGUUGAUUUAAAAGGAAGAAUAGACGUUAAAUAAGAUUAAGAAAAAUAGGCAUAGUUCGUAGGAGGUUAACCCUUGCGUUGAAUUAUUGUUUCAUAUCAUGUGUUUCAAAGCCUACAAGAGAUAUGCAAUCAAAUUGAAGGAGAGAAUGAAUAGACAACAGAACGAAUUCAGUUAAAAGAGCUCUGAUUCUUCGUAUCUCCACAAAAGCUCUGACAUAGUGUAGAGAGACAGCAUAAGUCAAUCCUUAGAAUCAAUCUAAGAAUCUAAACAAUAAUUUUGCUUACCCCCUGAUUUAACUGUUUAUCAGAGUGAUGUGAAUAUUGCAAUCAAAGAUAAUAGUCAAAACACGAAGAAUAGAGGAUCAGUCUAAUAGCUUGUGGAAUAAAAACUAGAAAAUAUUAGCGAAUUCAAUAGCGAACAAAGCAUCAGCUUCAACAAGUUAAAUGAUAUAUCGAAUUGAC